AAAUAAUACACGAUUUAUGAAAUCGAGCACGACUAAAGACUCGUCCACACCACAUCAACCAUAACCAUGGUUAACAUAACCAUGGUUACUUUCAUCUCAUCCCCAUCGUCCUUCUGGUCGCGUGACCUUCACCUUUUCUGCUCUCAGAUCUGUUCAAUCGCGUCUGUCUAAUUCCUCAUGAAAUAAGAAAAUUAUAUAUUUUCCUUGCCCUAAUUGAAUUUCAUGAUAUCCCGAUUCUACGUCUCCAUCAAUUUUUGUAAUUUGGUGAUUUUUUAUAAUGAAUUUCGCCAUGUUGAUCUGAUUUUUAUAUUUUCUAUUUUCACCGUUUAAUUUUGUUCUGUACUAAUGGAGACCCAAAGAGUAGUGGAUUACACCCAUAGAAGCAUGGAUAAGCGACCUCGGAAACGACCUCGUUUAGCAUGGGACAUGCCUCCUGCUGUUCCUCCUCCAGCUCCACAGAAGAUUCUUCCAACUAUAUAUUGUGCUCAAGAGUUCGGGGCAGUUCCUAACUAUGCAUAUUCUUCAAUAUAUUACAAAGGGAUUCCUCGUAAUGGAUCUCCCCCUUGGAGACCGGAUGAUAAGGAUGGACAUUAUGUUUUUGCCAUUGGGGAGAAUUUAACUCCUCGUUACAGGAUACUGAGUAAAAUGGGUGAAGGAACUUUUGGACAAGUUCUGGAAUGUCUGGACAAUGAAAGGAAAGAGAUUGUUGCAAUUAAAGUUAUUCGGUCCAUACAAAAAUACCGGGAAGCUGCCAUGAUUGAGAUUGAUGUCUUGCAGAAACUGGCUAGACAUGACAUAUGUGGAUCACGUUGUGUGCAAAUACGGAAUUGGUUUGACUAUCGUAAUCAUAUUUGUAUUGUAUUUGAGAAGCUUGGUCCAAGCUUAUAUGAUUUUCUACGCAAAAACAGCUAUCGUUCAUUUCCCAUUGAUCUUGUUCGGGAGUUUGGCAGACAACUUUUGGAAUCUGUAGCAUUUAUGCACGAUCUACGCCUGAUUCACACCGACUUGAAACCAGAAAAUAUUCUUCUUGUGUCCUCAGAGUACAUUAAAGUCCAAGAUUAUAAGUUUCCAUCGAGACCCACAAAAGAUGUUUCCUUCUUCAAAAAUCUACCAAAGUCGAGUGCUAUAAAGCUUAUUGAUUUCGGCAGUACUACAUUUGAACAUCAAGAUCAUAGCUAUGUGGUUUCUACACGCCACUAUCGUGCGCCGGAGGUUAUUUUGGGUCUGGGCUGGAACUAUCCCUGUGAUAUGUGGAGUAUAGGCUGCAUACUUGUGGAAUUGUGCUCUGGAGAGGCACUUUUCCAGACCCAUGAAAACUUGGAACAUCUUGCAAUGAUGGAAAGGGUGUUAGGGCCAUUGCCCCAACAUAUGAUUAUGCGUGCUGACCGGCGUGCUGAGAAGUACUUCAAAAGGGGCUCAAGGUUGGAUUGGCCUGAAGGUGCCUCUUCCCGAGAAAGCAUGAGGGCUGUUUGGAAAUUACCCCGGCUUCAGAACCUAAUCAUGCAGCACGUGGACCACUCGGCUGGUGAUUUAAUUGAUCUCUUGCAAGGACUUUUGAGGUAUGACCCUAGCGCGCGGCUUAAAGCAAGAGAAGCUUUGGGACACCCCUUUUUCACGAGGGAUCUUAGAAGGUUUGGUUAUCCACUGUGAGCGAAAAAGACAAAAAAGGAAAAGAUCAAGAUUUGCAAGGGAUGACAAGUCUCUGGGAAUAAAAUCGAAAGGAAAAGAGAAAAAAAUUCCAACUUACAUUUAUUCACGCAUCACGGAAAUGUAAAAAUAGAGUCAUAUUCAAAACGAUCCUGAAUUUGUGUUGUAAAGUAUGCCUGUGUUUUUUCCAGGUUUGUGUUUGUUUAGUGGUAUCAUUUACCUUUUUACUUGGUUUGUUGUGAUUGCUUGUGUGACUGACCUUCAAUUGAAAAAAAAAAAUGUUUUAUCUACACUAUUAUAAUACUGUUAUACACUACUUGGUUUUUGUGUGCC